AUGUUGCCGGUCGCCGGCGAGCCUGACGGUGAACCGUUGCCGGUGUCCGGCAAGUCCAUGAUGGAGUGGAAGGACUCGGUUGUCCGAGCGGCUGCAGCGAUGGGAACGACGCCGGCAAGUGACUCGUUCGACUCGUGUUCCUCCGAUACAAGCUUAUCCGAUACAAGCACGUCGGAGACCGCGGCCCUUACCUCUGAGUGGAGCUCUAACUCGUUACUUAGUCUAAGCUCUACUCGCUCCGAAGAAGCGGAGGAUUUAAGUAGCACUGAGGGUUCUGGAGCCGCCUCCCCUGGAAGUCCAGGUAUGGCAGAUGCGGCGGCAGCGGCAGCGGCAGAUUUGCAAAGAGUGCUGCUACUGGCGGAAAACGCAGGAAAAUUGGAGGAGCUAGCGGAGAAUGCGGCAAGGAUGGGCCUAGUAGCAGAAGCGCAAGCGCUCACGUUGAAGCUGGAGAGAACAGCGGAUGAUACGGCAGAAACGGCGGAGACGGCUGGCCAGGUUGCCGACGUCAUCGAUACCGCUGGCCCUGCAUCGCCUGCCGUACCUUCCGCUCCUGUAAUAGAAGCAUCUCCUGCUCCUGCACCAGCCGCCGCCGGCCCGCCCGCCACAUUUGUCGCGAUGCAGCGACGCUCCGCCACGAGCCGCGCCGUGCACAACGCGGCCCGGCGCGGCGACGUGGAGGAGCUUCGAGCGCUGCUGGCGGAAAACCCGGAGCUGAUCAACGCGCGGUCGAGCCUGACAUGCCAAACCCCCCUGCACGAGGCGGCGGCGGAGGAUGCGGUAGAGGCGAUUCGUCUGCUCCUGUCGUUCGGCCGACCGCCGUCCGAUGCGGGGAACAGCGGCGGGGACGAGCAGACGAGGGAGGAGGCAUCAGGCGCGGUUCCCGCGGACGUCGAGGCGCGCAACAUGUUUGGCGAGACGCCUCUUCACAUUGCUGCCAAGAUCGGCAGCGCGAGGAGCGUCAAGGCGUUGCUAGAGGGCGGCGCGGCCGUGAACGUCGCUGCUUCGAAUCGCGCCACUCCGCUCCAUCUCGCCGUCUGGGCGGCAGUCAACACUACUGACGUGGCAGCCGAUAGCAACGCGGGAGAGGAUCCGGCUGGCAAGGGCCAACCGAAGAUUCUGGAGGUGGUGGAGCUGCUGUUGAAACACGGUGCUGACGUGGCAGCGCAGGACAAGGACGGAAACUCCCCAUUGAGUCACAGUCAAUUAGGCACCUCUUCUGCUACAAGCACCAGCAACAACGGCAGCAUCCGCGCCUCCCUUCGGCGAAUCCUCGACCGCCACGUGGCACUCAACGCUCCCUCCCCUUGUUCGUCCCAAACCUCCCCCGCCUCCGCAUUCGCCGUCAUGCAGACGCUCGAAAACGAGUUAUCCUCGUUAAUAGGCCUCCCGCUUUUGAAGCAGCAACUGCGCGUGUGGGCGAAGGGCCUGGUCUUAGACCAGAAGCGGCGGGAAUUGGGAAUCCGCGUGCAGCCGCGCAAACUCCCCCACAUGGCUUUCCUAGGUUCCCCGGGCACGGGGAAAACCACCGUCGCGCGCGCGCUUGCGCGGCUGUUGAAUCUAGUGGGUGUUUUACCCACGGAUAAGGUGGUGGAGGUUCAGAGGACGGAUUUGGUGGGCGAGUUUGUUGGGCACACGGGCCCCAAAACGCGGAGAAAAAUUCUGGAGGCGGCUGGGGGUAUUCUUUUUGUUGACGAGGCGUACCGGUUGGUGCCACAGCAACGGUCAGAUGAAAAAGACUACGGCGCGGAGGCAUUGGAGGAGAUCAUGUCGGUUAUGGACUCGGGCAGCGUUGUUGUGAUUUUUGCUGGCUAUGCUGAGCCAAUGAAGAGAGUUUUUGCGGUGAAUGAAGGGUUUCAGCGGCGUGUGUCACGAGUAUUCGUGUUUGACGAUCUCUCUCCACUCGACAUUGCGCAAGUCAUGUUGCUGAAAAUGAAGCAGGCGGCUGGAGAAGCGACUAAUGGGGAUGAGAGUGAUGGUGACUGUGCUAUCAGCAGUAGCAGCAGUGGUAGCGGAAGAGAUUAUGGAGCAGGAGCCAGUGGCAGCAGCAACAGUGACUUUAGUGAAGCCGGUCAGCAGUCGCCCCUUGCAGGAUUCAGGCUGCAUUCCAGCAUAACUCCAUUGUCCCUAGCAGCUGUUAUCACCCGAUCAACCACAGAGGAGCAGCGAAGGCAGAGGAACGGUGGGAUGGCGCUGCCUGUGCUAAUGGACGCUCGGGAUCGACUUGACGAACGGCUGGAUCUUGACUGCUGUGACAUGGACGAGCUCAUGACUAUAACGAUGGAAGACAUCGAGGCAGCUCUGUCAAUCAUUCCUCAAUAA